AUGGUUUCAUCGAGUGGUAAAUCAUCACAAAUCUCGAAAGCAAAAACGAGUAAUACCUUGGCUAAACUGGCUGCAUUUGAACAAAAGGGUCCAAUAACACGCUCUCAAACGCGGAGCUUGUUUGUAUCAGUUAAGAAAUUCGAGUCUGAUGCUGUUGAGGAGCUGCUAAAAGAACUCUGUAGUCCAAAACUAAAACCUAUGCGACCAAAUGAGCGAAAAGCCGCCGUAGGAAAAUAUUUGGCAGCUACAAAUCAUGCUUUUACGAAUAGUGACUUUAAAGUUGUCUUAAGGGAAAAGCAAAAGUAUAAAUUACUUGUCAAAGAGUCACUAGUCAUUCGAGCUACUUCUCCUGUACUCAAUGGAACAGAUCGUUCUAUACCUUUGUAUGUGUAUGCACAUCGACUUGAGUCAAAUUCUUGGGAUAAAAAGUGGAUACCACCGAAAGUAUCUGAUACUGUAGUGCAGUAA